AGUUUGGUGUCAAUGGCUCUCCAUUCUCUUUUGUAUUCAUUGUUGUUUAUAGCAUUUGCGCUAAACUGUCAUGCCCAUGAGAGGAAGGUUCAUGUUGUGUAUAUGGGAGAUCGGCCUCAAGGAGAUUUUCCACUAGCAUCCACGCACCAUUCCAUGCUACAAAAUGUUAUUGGAAGCAAAAAAUCAGCCAAACAGUCUCUAAUCUAUAGUUAUGGAAGGAGCUUCAACGGAUUUGCAGCUAAAUUAACAGAUGAAGAAGCUGCAAGGUUUUCCGCACUGGAAGGCGUAAUAUCAGUCAUUCCAAACCAUAUACUAAAGCUUCACACCACAAGGUCAUGGGAUUUCAUGGGUUUCUCCCAAAGCAAGGUUGGAGCAGCUGAAGAAGGAGACGUCGUCGUUGGACUUCUUGACACAGGAAUCUGGCCAGAAUCUGAGAGUUUCAGUGACUAUGGACUCGCUGCUCCACCUUCUAAAUGGAAAGGAAUCUGUCAAGGUGCCAACUUCACCUGCAACAAUAAGAUCAUUGGAGCUCGCUACUACAACAGUGAAAACUACUAUGACAUUACCGAUUUCCAGUCUCCAAGAGAUUCCGAGGGACAUGGAUCGCAUACUUCCUCGACUGCAGCAGGCAGCGAGGUACCUAAUGCAAACUACUACGGGCUAGCUAAUGGAAAGGCCAGAGGUGGAGUUCCCAAUUCAAGGAUAGCCAUGUACAAGGUUUGCUGGUCAUUCGGAUGCGCUCUUGCAGAUAUCUUGGCAGCAUUUGACGAUGCCAUAGCAGAUGGAGUUGAUAUUAUAUCAGUGUCUCUUGGUGCUGAUGUCCCACUCGAAUACUUUGAAGAUCCCAUCGCUAUUGGUGCUUUCCAUGCCAUGAGACAUGGUAUAUUGACCUCAAAUUCUGCCGGCAAUUCAGGGCCCUGGCCAUUAUCAGUUUCCAAUUAUGCACCCUGGACCCUGACUGUUGCUGCCAGUACAAUUGACCGAAAAUUUAUUGCCCAAGUGGUGCUUGGCAAUGGACAAGUUUACGCUGGGCUUUCCAUCAAUAGUUUUGAUCUCAAUGGGACCACAUAUCCCUUGAUCUGGGGAGGAGAUGCAGCCAACUACAGCGCUGGAGCUGACCCGGAAAUUUCAAAAUAUUGCAUCACUGGUGCCAUGAACUCAUACAAAGUAGCAGGAAAAAUUGUUUUCUGUGAGACUCUCUGGGAUGGUUCUGGCAUUCUGAUAGCUGACGGUGUGGGUACCAUAAUGGCUGAUUCUUCUAUUACUGACUUUGCCUUCAGUUACCCGUUACCAGCAACUCAAAUCAGCACAGAAGACGGCAAGGAAAUUUUGGAAUACAUCAGAACAACAGAAAAUCCAAUUGCAACUAUUCUUGUUGGUCAGACUUGGAAGGAUAUCAUGGCACCUUAUGUUGUAUCCUUUUCUUCUCGAGGACCAAACCCUGUCAGCCCUGACAUUCUCAAGCCUGAUCUCACUGCACCUGGUGUGGACAUCCUUGCCGCUUGGUCUCCUGUGUCACCACCUUCCAUCUACAAUGAAGACACCAGAGCUGUCAAUUACAACAUAAUCUCUGGCACAUCCAUGUCAUGUCCUCAUGCUAGUGGUGCUGCCGCCUACGUCAAGGCUGCCCACCCCAACUGGUCUUCUUCUGCCAUUAAAUCAGCCCUUAUGACCACAGCUCAUGCCAUGGACACCAAAAAGCACCCAGACCUUGAAUUUGCAUAUGGUUCGGGUCACCUCAACCCUGUGGACGCAAUAGACCCUGGGCUUGUUUAUGAUGCAAAUGAGACAGAUUACAUAAACUUCCUCUGCAUGCAAGGGUAUAACGAUACCACUCUAAGAUUGGUCACCAGCGACAAUAGCAGUGUUUGCUCAAGCACAGAGUCUGGAAGAGCUUGGGAUUUGAAUUACCCAUCGUUCUCUCUAGCUUUGCUAGAUGGCCAGAAGAUUUGGAGUGUCUUUACCAGGACAGUUACCAAUGUUGGCUCACCAAACUCAACCUAUACUGCUAGACCAUAUAUGCCUCCUAAUGUUAGUGUUGAUGUUGAGCCGUCGGUCCUGUCAUUCUCCAGCGUUGGGGAGAAGAAAUCAUUUACAUUGACAGUCAAAGGUCCCAAGAUUUCACAGCAGCCAAUUAUGUCAGGUGCAAUUAUCUGGGAAGAUGGAGUUCAUCAAGUAAGAAGCCCAAUUGUGGUAUAUAAUAUCUUCUCUCUUUCUCCUAUUUCAUCCUUCUCAGCAUCUCAGAAAAGCCUGAAAUUCAACGGUCCUUCCAUGUAUACUAAGAAUGGAAUCCUUGGACGCAAUUAAACCCUAUCCAUAAUGCAGUUU